UAUAAUCUAAACAAAAUGUCCUCGGAGAGGGUAGAAUGGGUGGAGAUAAUCGAGCCCAAGACAAAGGAGCAUAUGUAUGCUAACCUAACUACUGGAGAGUGUGUUUGGGAUCCACCUGAGGGAGUAAAAGUGAAGCGGACAGACUCAUCACAAUGGUGGGAACUGUUUGACAUCAACACUCAUAGGUUUUAUUAUUAUAAUGCUUCUACACAGACAACAGUGUGGCAUAGACCGACAGACUGCGACAUCAUCCCUCUAGCUAAAUUGCAGACCUUGAAACAAAAUACAGACCCUCAAAAAAGACGAGAGACAUCCACACAAACAAACCAAGCAGCUCCUCAGGUACCACUAGACCUAGUAAGUAGCAAUGGCAACAGCACGUUGGCAAGCGCCAGCAAACUAUCGCCUAGCAAUGCCAAAAAUGUCACCCUUACCCAGACCAGCCCAGUGAGGACGAGACGCUCGCAUUAUCAUCAUAGGAAUAGCGGCGAGAGCAGACGCGGCCGGUUAAGUGAAGAUGGUACCUCUCAACUUUGUCGACACACCGACUCGGGUCGUUCAUCCGAUAGCAGUAUCAGCAGUGCUCAGAGAAGGAAACAGGAGUUAAAUGCAGCCGCUUGUAACGCACCUAUAUGUACACCGCAGCUUAAGAAAAGAAGCAGUGCUGUCACGCCUCAUGAGAGGGAGGGCGAGAAAUGGUCACCGCAUUCCGGUUUAAAUCGCAGUGGAAGUUUCAUCUCGCCACGGAAAGACGCCUCAGAUGAUUCAAUGCACGAGAAGUACUUUAAAUCUGUCGAGAGUACACCUUUGACUAGACGCAAGUUAAAACAACAAUCAGCCGGGGGUUCUUCGUGCGAGUCCGCGUCACCUCAGAGUCCGAGCAGUCCAUUGCAGAAACCACAACCUACUCCAUUUCUUCAGACGUCGGCUGCUCGCCCAUCUCUGGUGUCAUCGAUAUCUCUGGCGACAGACGCGGCGGGCGGCGGCUCUCGCGUCAUGCACAGCCUUGAAAGACCGCACCAGCUGUCACGACACGCACGUGAACGAUAUUCUGAUAGACAUUUAGACAAAGACCGUAUAGCGGAGCUGGAACGCAUGGACCGGUAUCCGGAGAAACAAGCCGUGUACAGUGUCGACAAGCCCUUCCGUCAGACAAGCCUUGAUCUGCGUCACAACCCUGCUUCGUCUAAUUGGCAACCUUCUCGAGAGUUCACGAGACGCCAACAAGCGGAGCCAGAACGGUACUCCUCGAGCAAAACAUCCAUAUCGUCGGGCAGUAGCAAGCACCGUACUCCGCCUCACGAGCCGCACCACAACUUCAUGCGACUCGCCUCCAGUGAUCAGGAUAACAUGGCUGCCGUGAACUACAAAAUGAAAUGCGUGACUAUGGAGCCGCCACUGACGGAGCCGAAUGUUCAAAAACAUAACCAACGGCUCGAAAGUACAUCUACCCCCAAAGAUCGCACUAAAUCGAGACGCCACAAGAGGCCAGUGGAACUGGAAGAGCCGCAUCUAGAUGAUGAAGAAGAAGACGAAGAUGGACGCACUUCACCGCUCUAUUCUAACUGGGAUCUCCGAGGAAUGCAGCAUCUAUUGCCUUUACAGGACUAUAUUAUACAGCAAGCUAAGUUAUCCAGUCGCGGCCGGUACGGUAACGGAUCCGGUUCGGACGGAGAAUCUGCGUCUUCCCGAUCACGUUCCCGGUCCGGCUCCGAGUCCCGUUCCCUCUCCGGUCACGAACCAGAUAACGAGUCGUCUGACGGCGGCGCUAGAACGCCGGAUGAUGAUGAUGGAUCUGGAGUCUAUCUUCCGCAUUCUUACGGACAUACUCGACCUCAAGAUGUAGAAUAUAUGAACCAUGGGGUCGCUUAUUAUAAUACUUUUGUCGGAUUUGAUCGGGACAGACCGCCGUCGCCUGGAAUACAUAGGGUCGGGAAAUGGCCGAUCCACGUUCAAGUGUCGCACUAUGCCGGCGUGGCUUGUAAGCGGCUCGAGAGAAUAGGCUUCGGCGGCAAGAAGCAACCUAGGAAACCUACCACAGAAGAUAUCGAUCAAGCUAGAAUCCAAAUAUUCCGUCAAUCAAUGUUCGGCAAUACUCUAUCCGAAGUGAUGGCAUUACAAAAAGACCGGUUCCCGAAUAGACAAUUACCAUGGGUGCAAGUAGCGUUAUCGCAACAAAUUCUAGCGCUCAGCGGGAGAGAGACUGAAGGUAUAUUCAGAGUCUCAGCUGAUGUCGACGAAGUGAACGCUUUGAAAGCUAAGAUCGAUAAUUGGGAAUUGCCUGAUGCUUCUACUUUAACAGAUGCCCAUGCACCAGCGAGUCUUUUGAAGCUGUGGUACCGCGAGCUCUACGAGCCUUUGAUCCCCGACCACUUAUACGGCGCGUGCAUUGCGGCGGGCAGCGACUUCGCGGUCUGUACGCGCGCGUUGCAGCGGCUGCCACACAUUAAUCGCAUGGUACUAACAUAUUUGAUACAAUUUCUACAACAAUUUACUGCACCUGAGGUGGUAAGUCAAACGAAAAUGGAUUCAGCAAAUCUUGCUAUGGUUUUCGCACCCAACUGUCUACGUUGUACUUCACAAGACCCUAGAGUUAUUUUAGAGAACGCGCGCAAAGAAAUGACAUUCCUCAAAACUCUUAUUACGAACCUUGACACAUCUCAUGUACAGGAUCUUCUGUGACCGUUGAAUCUUAGCUGUUAUAAUAACAAUUUUAGUACGAUUGGCCAGACGGAGUUCUGAGAAAUAUUUAGUAUGUUUUAUAUGUAAGUACAAGAUGACUUCCUUGGUUGUUUCUCUUCAAUGUAUUAAGAGGUGCAACUAUGUACGUGCAUUACAUUUGACGGAAAGAAAAUUAAGGGCAUUACUCUGAGACUGGUAGAACAAUCUAUCUUCAAUAUCAAUAUUAAUGCUUGUAUGUAUACCAUGUUUCUUUAAACAUAUUUAAAUCUAGUCUGUGUGAUUUCCAUUGAUAUUUCUAUGGAUUAAUAAUAAAAUAUAAUAUUUGUGGCAACUAACAUGGUAUACAGGUAAGUGUAACGCACUUCCCAUCAGUGAUUUAUAUUUGACAU